CUUAAUACUCUCCUUUUUGGAGUCCCUUUCACCUUUAUUUUCCACCAAUCUUCUCACCCGUUUGUGUCUGAGCUCAAAAUAAGAGAGUGAGAUCCACGGCUCGCAGCACCGGAGAUGUCGGGGCACCGAGCCGGCAGGAUCAACGACGAUGAGAUCAACGAGCUCAUCUCCAAGCUCCAGUCCGUCCUCCCCGAGUCAUCCCGCCGCGGAGCCGCCGGUCGGUCGUCGGCGUCAAAGCUGCUGCAGGAGACGUGCCAGUACAUCAGGAGGCUGCACCGGGAGGUCGACGACCUCAACAACAGGCUGUCAGAGCUCAUGGAGACCAUGGACGGCGACAGCCCCCAGGCCGACAUCAUCCGCAGCCUCCUCCGCUCGCUCUAGCUAGAGUAACUGCCCUCAGAACAGAAGCAAUGGAUGGAGAACGAGAAGCCUCUUCAGACUCUGGAAGGCAUGCAUUAAAGACUAUGUGGUUCGUGAAGGUUGAAGAAGCACAAACAAGAGAACCACGUACUUAGAGUAUGUUUGUAUAUAUGUGAUGCAAACUAGGGCCAUUUCUGUUGCUGGCGUGCUAAUUAAUGUAGUGCUUUAUUGGAUGUUUCUCCUUCAUCUAAAUGAAAUAAUGAAUUGAUACAGCA